AUGGUCAAUACUGAUUUUGAAAAGAUCUACCUUAAUCAAUCCAAAAGCAGUGGUCGUAUGCGUAUAGCCGACUCGGGAUUGGGUUGGAAAUCGAUUGCUCCUACCAAUAAUGAACCAUUUUUAUUACCAUCAGAAGAAAUAGUAUCAACUCAAUGGUCAAGAGGUUCAAGAGGAUAUGAAUUAAGAGUUCAAACCAAGAAUAAAGGAGUAGUGAUGUUGGAUGGGUUUGAUGUUGAGGAUUUUAAUCAAUUGAAACAAGAAUUACAAAGAAAUUUCCAUUUAACUUUAGAACAUCGUGAACAUUCUUUAAGAGGGUGGAAUUGGGGUAAGAAUGAUUUAGCUAGAAAUGAAUAUAUUUUCAAUGUCAAUAAUAAACCAGCAUUUGAAAUUCCUUAUAAAGCUAUCAGUAAUUCGAAUUUAACUGGUAAAAAUGAAGUUGCUAUUGAAUUAGAUUUAGAAAAUGUUACUGCUGGUGAUGAAUUAGUGGAAAUGAGAUUUUAUGUUCCAGGAACCAUUGAAAAUGAAGAUAAAGUAGUCAAGAAUGGUAAUUCAGUUAAAAAGGAAGGAGAAAAUGGUGAAGAAGUUAAAGAAGAGAAUGAAGAAGAAGAAGAAGAAGAAGAACAAGAUCAAGAAAAUGAAAAAAGUGCAGCAUCGGUAUUUUAUGAACAAAUUAGAGAUAAAGCUGAUAUUGGUCAAGUUGCAGGUGAAGCCAUUGUAUCAUUCAGUGAAGUAUUAUUCUUAACUCCAAGAGGUCGUUAUGAUAUUGAUAUGUAUCCAUCAUCAUUAAGAUUAAGAGGUAAAACUUAUGAUUAUAAAAUUCAAUAUAAACAAAUCGAAAGAAUUUUUUCAUUACCCAAACCUGAUGAAGCUCAUCAUUUAGUUAUAUUACAAAUUGAUCCACCAUUAAGACAAGGUCAAACAAGAUAUCCAUUCUUAGUAUUACAAUUCUUAAAAGAAGAAGAAACUGAAGUUGAAUUGAAUAUUAGUGAUCAAGAUUAUAAUGAAAAAUAUAAAGAUAGAUUACAUAAAACUUAUGAUUCAUUAACUCAUUCAGUAAUGUCACAUUGUUUAAGAGGAUUAACUGAAAGAAGAUUAAUAAUGCCAGGAUCAUUCAAAAGUAGUAUUGGUCAACCUGGUAUAUCAUGUUCAUUAAAAGCAUCAGAAGGUUAUUUAUAUCCAUUGGAUAGAUGUUUUGUAUUUGUUACUAAACCAACGAUUUAUUUACCAUUUUCAGAAAUAAGUAAUAUCACCAUGUCAAGAACUGGAGGAGGUAUAACAGCAUCAAAGACAUUUGAUUUAGAAAUUAAUGUAAGAGGAUCAAAUCAACCUCAUAUUUUCGGUAGUAUAGAUAGAGCAGAACAAGAAACCAUUGAAAGAUAUUGUGCUGAAAAGGGUAUUAGAAUUAAGAAUGAAGAAAAAAUCGCUCAAGCAAGAUUAGCCAAAGCUAUAAAUGACGCUGGUGAUGAUGAUGACGAUGAUGAAGAUGUUGAUAUGGGUAGUGCUGGUGAAGAAGAAAGUGCCGAUGAUGAUUUUGAAUCUGGAUCUGAUUCCGACGUGGCUGAGGAAUUUGAUUCUGAAGCUUCACUUAGUGGAAGUGAUGAUGAAGGUGGAGAUGAUAAAGGAGGUGAUGAUAGACCACCAACUAAGAAGUCAAAAAAUUAA